AAUUGGUGGUAAAAUCAGAAAAAUUGGCUGUACCAACAUGAAUGAGAGGUCAAGUCGGUCUCAUACUAUUUUUAGACUUACGUUAAAAUCUACAGAAAACAAUUUAGAGAAUGCCUCCAUGCAGAUAUCUCAUUUAUAUUUAGUUGAUUUGGCAGGCUCGGAAAGAAUAGCUCACACAAACGCUCAAGGUGUGAGACUAAAAGAAGGAGUCAACAUUAAUAAGUCAUUACUCGCGCUAGGAAAUGUAAUAAGGCAACUAAGCGAAGGCGAAGGAUAUAUAAAUUACAGAGAUUCAAACUUGACCAGAUUGCUGCAACAGGCACUAGGAGGAAAUGCGAAAUCGCUAAUAAUAGCAACUAUCACUAUAGCAGCUGGAGAAGAAACGAGAUCAACAUUAGAAUUCGCUCAAAGAGCCAAGGUGGUCAAGAAUAAGCCGAUCAUCAACAAGUUACUAUCAGAACAAGAUAAACUAAAACAGUAUGAGUUAGCGACGGAAGCGUAUAAAGUUAGGUUAAAAAAGGAAGCACAGCGGAUCCGGGAGAUGGAAAAAGAGAAAGAAGAACGAGAACAAGAAAUGUUAAAACUAAAACAGCAAGUUAAACUAAUUGAUCUGUUCACUAACGGGCCCGACCAGAAAAACAUCGAAAGUAGAAUCCCUAGAAGGCACACUAUGGGUCAUUACGCUUCACGCAUACCCCUCCAAACUAUCCCUGAAUCGAGAAUGUUGCCAUCAAAUAUUAUGCCAGAAAAAUCCUUUGGGAAUGGCACAAAAUCUGAUCUCGACGACGAACAGUUAUUUUUAAAAAGGGCGUCUCAAGUUUCCGAUUAUGAGUGUAUGAAGAUGUCAAUAGAGGAAACCCUAGACGAUGUCAUGUUGCCCGUCACACCUGAACCCUCAGAAGAAUUGACAGUUCAAGAGCCGACCACACCUGCUUCCCACCUUAGGGAAAGAUUGAGGUACUUGGAGGAGUCUUACACGUCUUUGAAGGAAUUUACAAAAUUGGAAGCUCAAUGCAGAGAAGAUAAAGACGUACUACAGGAUCUCGUCAAAGAGAAAGAGAAUCUCUUGAAAGAUUUGAUCGACAUGAACGUCAUAAUCAGGGACACCAGGCAGGAGAAGGAACAAAUUAAAAUGAAAUUCGAAGACGAAAUAGCCACUUUGAAAAAGGAUCUGCAGUGUGUGACGCAAAAAUGUGAUAGGUUCUCAUUCGCACUCGAGCAAGCUGAAGCUGAAAAGGAUGCUUUAAGACUAGCAAAAGAACAGCUGUUAAAUGACAAUGAAGUUAUCUUGGAUCAGCAAAAAUUGAAAUAUGAAAAUAAACUUGAAUAUUUCAUGAAAGAAAUAGAAAAACUAAAGGAACACGGAACUGAAAAUCACAAAGAAGAAAUUCAGAGGCUCAGAAAGGAAAAUGAAGAUUUCAAAUCAAAUAUUGUAAAAAUCACCAUUUACGAAGAGAAAAUUGAAGAACUAGAAGAAAAAUUACAGAAAUUUGAAAGAAAAGAGGAAGAGGACAUUGAUAUAUUAAGUAAGUUGUAUUUUUUGCAAGACAUAUUAUUGGAUGACAAUGUUGACAUUCAAGGUGUCUCUACGCAAACCGAAGAACUAACAUUAGAAGUUAAUGAAGCUGAGAAAACUGUAAUAAAAGAUGUUACAAAUGAAACAAUCACACAGAAGGUAUAUGAAGAACUUAAAGAGAAAAUUGAAAUAUUAAAUGGAAAACUUAAAGAUAUGCAAACUUUAAAUUUGGCAUUAGGAAACGAAAUUGAUGCCCAGAAGGAACAAAUUCAUUCAAAAGAUGUAAAGAUUGAAGAACUAACAAAUAACUUGAAAAAAAUUAAUUUUGGUAAUAAGGAGGAGAUUCAGUACAGAGAACAAAAUAUAUUGAAGUUGAAUGAAAAAGUUAAAAAUUUGGAGGAAAUUCAGGAAAAAGAUAACGAAAUCUUACAGUUGAGAAAUCAAUUGAAAUUCUUUGAAACAAGUAACUGUGACAACAAAAAAUACAUUCAGGCAAGAGAUGACAAAAUCUUAGAAUUGACUGACAAAAUCAAUGAUUUAGAGAAGUGCAACAAUGAUAAUAAUGAGGAAAUUCAUCUAAGGGAUAACCAUAUAUUAGAGUUAAAAAAUAAAAUAACAGACUUAGAAAAGUGCAGUCAGGUUAAUAAAGAUCUGAUUCAGAUAAGAGAUAACAAAAUUUUAGAGUUGACCAACAGAAUUAAUGACUUGGAGAAGUGCAACGAUGAUAAUAAUGAGGUAAAGGACAACCAUAUAUUAGAGUUAAAAAAUAAAAUAACGGACUUAGAAAAGUGCAGUCAAGUUAAUAAAGAUCUGAUUCAGAUAAGAGAUAACAAAAUUUUAGAGUUGACCAACAGAAUUGUUGACUUAGAGAAGUGCAACGAUGAUAAUAAUGAGAUAAAGGAUAACCAUAUAUUAGAGUUAAAAAAUAAAAUAACAGACUUAGAAAAGUGCAGUCAAGUUAAUAAAGAUCUGAUUCAGAUAAGAGAUAACAAAAUUUUAGAGUUGACCAACAGAAUUAAUGACUUAGAGAAGUGCAACGAUGAUAAUAAGGAGAAAAUUCAUGUUAGAGAUAACCAUAUAUUGGAGUUGAGAAAUAAACUAACAGACUUAGAAAAGUGCAAUCAAGUUAAUAAAGAUUUGAUUCGGAUAAGAGAUAACAAAAUUUUAGAGUUGAACAACAGAAUUAAUGACUUAGAGAAGUGCAAUGAUGAUAAUAAGGAGAAAAUUCAAGUUAAGGAUAACCGUAUGUUGGAGUUGAGAAAUAAGCUAACAGACUUAGAAAAAUGCAAUCAAGAUAAUAAAGAUUUGAUUCAGAUAAGAGAUAACAAAAUUUUAGAGUUGACCAACAGAAUUAAUGGCUUAGAGAAGUGCAACGAUGGUAAUAAGGAGAAAAUUCUAGUUAGGGAUAACCAUAUAUUGGAAUUGAGAAAUAAACUAACAGACUUAGAAAAGUGCAAUCCAGUUAAUAAAAAUUUGAUUCAGAUAAGAGAUAACAAAAUUUUAGAGUUGACCAACAGAAUUGAUGACCUAGAGAAGUGCAACGAUGAUAAUAAGGAGAAAAUUCAAGUUAGGGAUAACCGUAUAUUGGAGUUGAGAAAUAAACUAACAGACUUAGAAAAAUGCAAUCGAGAUAAUAAAGAUUUGAUUCAGAUAAGAGAUAACAAAAUUUUAGAGUUAAUCAACAGGAUUAAUGACCUAGAGAAGUGCAACGAUGAUAAUAAGGAGAAAAUUCAAGUUAGGGAUAACCGUAUAUUGGAGUUGAGAAAUAAAAUAAUAUGCUUAGAAAAGUGCAAUAAAGAGGACAUCAGUCGUUAUAAGGAUCAUAUUAAAUCUAGGGAUGAUACAAUUAUGGAAUUAAAUAAUAAGAUAACUAAAUUGAAUGAGGCUUGCCGCAAUUAUGAAGAUGAUGUUUCCCAAUGCAAAAAAGGAAUUUUCCAUCAGGAGCGAAGAAUAAAGGAACUAACAACAGGCAAAAUAGAUUCUAAUACAUGCCGUUCAUCUGUUUCUCCGUCUUCCCAUGAUCCAUCGCCAAAAGAACUCAGGAAAAUGAAACGCCAGUCUAUUCAUGAUCAGAGACGAGGAAUUGAUCUUGCCGUAGCAGCUGCAGCCAUUGUUUCAGAUGAAGAGCCAACAAUAAAAACAUUGAAAGAGAAAAUUGAGUAUUUGACCAAUGAAAAUAAAUUUCUAGAAUUUGAGGUGCAAGGGUUUAUAAGGGAAUUAGACGAUUGUAAAUUAUAUAAUCGCGAAAGAGACAAGGAAAUUGAUGUGCUUCAGGAACAAAUCAAAAAAAUGAAAAAUGUGAAGGUUCAAGAAAAGUGCACCGAGUGUCAACAGAAACGUCACUACAUUAAACAGUUAGAAGAUCUGCAGAAAAUAAAUAAAUUUAAAAUAGUUGACCUACAAACUAAAAUUUAUGAUCUUGAAAAUGUACUUAAAACAGAGAAAGCUAACAUGGAGGAGAAAGAAAGAUGUAUGCGUUACGACAUUACAGAACUAGAAAGAAGAUUAAGUGACGGGCCUCCUCCUAAAUUGGAAGAUGCUGAAAUACAGUGCGAACUGGUAAAUAUUGAGCAGCUAUUAGAAAAAUACAGUGUAGUUAAGAAAUUGGCGAGGAUGCGACGAAACGAGGCGAACAUCUUAAGGGCCAGAUUAGGAAUAGACCCCGACGAACCCGUAACAUAAAUGUCACUCACUGUUAUUCAUGUGUUUGUUUUGUUAAAAAGUAGUUAUUGUAGUAAUUUGACCAGAGUAUAUUGUUUGUUCAUUUUUGUUAAAAUAUUAUUUAUUCUAUAUUCUUGUGACUGAUUUUGUGUGAUAAUCUUCCUCGUGAAGUGAUACGGUUACGCUUGUAGCAAAUAAGUAUUAAUAGAUUUUAACUUCAAUAUUGUAGAGAUGUGCAUUUUUUUAAAUUUUAUUUAAAUACACUGCAACAUUGGUAAUCCAAAUAAUUAAAAAAUAUCUGGAGCCAUUGUUCGAGAUCAAGAAUCUUGCACAACAGAAAAAGCUGAGAAAGUUAAUUGAAUGGUAGCUGUAAUUAAAUGUGAAUAUUUUAGAUGUGAAAGAGAAGAUGUGUAUAUUUUAGAUUUGAAAGAGAUGUGUAUAUUUUAGAUUUGAAAGAGAAGAUGUGUAUAUUUUAGAUUUGAAAGAGAAGAUAUGUAUAUUUUAGAUUAGAAAGAGAAGAUGUGUAUAUUUCAGAUUUUAAAGAGAUGUGUAUAUUUUAGAUUUGAAAGAGAAAAUAAAGAAAUUGAAAUACAGAAUUGAAAAUUGGUCCAAUGAAAAUGAUUGUCUGGAAUUUGAGGUGCAAGGAUUUAUCAACGAAUUAGACGACUGUAGGAGGUAUCAAGAGACAGAACAAUUGGUAUGCUUAAGGAACAAACAGAAAAAAGUA